AAACGCCUAGCAGACGACAGGCGAGAGCUAUUGUGUGCAAGCCUUCAGAUCAUCAAAGACUCGAGAGAUGAGGACAGUCUCCACCGUUCUUCUCAUUUUGUACGCACUAACCACAAUAGACGUUGCAUUGUCUGAGAGACUAGACUGCAAUUCAAGCAGCAGAUGUUCAUCGUGUCAAUGCGCCGCUAUAGAAAAGUGCGGCGGGCAGAUUUAUUCUGCAGACGAGCCAACAAGAUUUCUUAGUACCCACCAAGUGUCCUCCUGCAUGAAAUGCAAGUGGUUGAUAUUCGUAUCACCCAAGAAAAAAGUCAAACUCACCUUAAGUAUCUCUCUUGGACCUGGAGAUAAACUGCAUGUAUUCGACGGUUAUUCAAAGAAGUCUCGACUCAUUGCCACUUACGAAGAAGGGUUCAGUUCCGUGGACAUUGCUUCAUCCGGAAGCUCAAUGACGGUUGUGGUUACUACAGACGGCUGUGGAUCAAAUUCCAUAAUAUCAGCGUCUUUUAAACCUCUUGACUGUGGGGGUCUGUUUUAUAUGAAGCCAAGAAAGACUAAUUCAAAGCAGAUUCGAUCUCCUAACUUUCCUGAAGAAUAUCCAAAUUCAUUGGACUGUCUGUGGAUGUUUGUUAGCAGCGGACCUUCAUUGCUAUCAGCAAACGUCAACAUCAAAUUUGUUAGUACUGCAGGAUCAGGAGAUAAGCUGAUCAUACGAAACUCUCUGAAAGUGCUAAGUCAGAACGCACGAGUGUAUAGUGGGAAGAAAGCGACAAAAAACGAACUGUUGAGAAUUAAGAACACAGCUGGAUUUACUAUUCAAUUUUCGUCUUAUCAUAAGAACAGAGGCAAGGGAUUUUUGCUGAAUAUUGUCGCUCUUUCGAAAGGUCUUAAUUGUUCGUUUCCAAAACUUCCUAAACAUGGUCUAGUAAAUGUAGUAAAUUUUGGCAAGACUGCAAAAUACUCUUGCUGUGAUGGUUACGAACUGGUUGGAGUUGAAGAGCGAUCUUGCACAAACAGUGGCUGGGCGCCAACAGUCAAUCCUAAAUGCAAACCCGUAACGUUUUGCACUUUGCCGUCUAAUACGGAAGCCUCUAGCGGUUCUACCACUGUGGCUAUUGGAGAGGAAGUAAAUAUAUAUUGCUCAAAGGGAUAUAAGCUUUCAAAUUCGCUGCAAUCAUUGCCAGCAUUGUGCGGGUGCGGAGGCAAGUGGAACAUAACUACCGACCGAUCACUUUGUGGAAUCGACUACUGUCAUGAUUGUGGCCUAACUGCUGCUCCAACCUGUAGACACAGGGAACAUGGAGUGUGUUUUUCAGAAAAAGGUGCUUGGCCUUGGGUGGCAGCAAUUUACAAGAAAACUUCAAACAACCAUGUUCUCCACUGCGGAGGCGCUCUAAUUAGCGAUUGUUUUAUUGUGACCGCUGCUCAUUGCGCUAGUGGCUUUAAGCCUGACAAUCUGACGGUUGUUCUCGGCGACACUGAGCGUUAUGUUAAAGAAUACAGCGAGAAAACAUUUGCUGUUGAUAAAAUCCACAUCCAUAAUAGCUAUAAACACGACAGUGGGAGUUUAAACUAUGACAUCGCUCUGUUACAAUUGAAAUGCAAUGUGUCUUGUUCUCCAUACGUUCGAAAAGUCUGCUUGCCCACAAAAGAGGACUUUGGCUACUACCACGCAGGAACGAGCUGCAUUGUAGCAGGAUGGGGAGCUACUGAAAAGAGGGAACUCGGCGCAAAACGUACUAAAACUACCAGCUUAAAAGAAUUGCAUCUUCCGAUUGCAGACAAAGCCGCUUGUUUAAACAGUACAUCGGAUUAUCUCAAGCAUGACAUUACAAACUACACUGUUUGCGCAGGAGACGGCACCGGUAAUAAUGAUGCUUGCCAUAGUGAUUCUGGAGGUCCUCUGUUUUGCAAACGCAAGAAUGAUAAAGAAAUCGGUCCCGACAGCUACGUGAUGGUGGGAAUAGUCAGCUGGGGAGAAGGAUGUGGACAGCCUGGAAAAUACGGGAUAUUUACGCACUUGCUCAACUUGAUGGAUUGGGUGCAAGACAAGUUGGACAGAAACCCAUGCAAGCAAUGGCUCAACAAAGAGGAAACAGAACAGUGUCGUAACUCUGUAGUUAGCUUGGUUUGAUGUUAACAUGCAACAUUAGAGCUAAAUUACUUCGUGACGUCAAUGUUUACGUUGUUAAGCUUUAGAGUAACAUUAGGUGGGCAUUUCAAUAUAAUGGCUUCUUAAUACAUUUUGUAACAA